AAAACAGCUCCUAAUUCUUCCUGGAUUUACGACUAAACUUUAAACCAAGUAGUUUCAACAACUACUAAACAAUACCCACUUUACUUUUUUUCUUGAGUUUUUUUUUUUUUCCUUGGUGGAGUUGCCGUUUUUAUUCAUCUCAGCACUGCUAUCUUUUCACAGAUUCUCCGAAAAAAAUCCAAAAUUUGGGCAAUUCAAACACCGAUCUGCAAUACCCAGAAACCAAAUUUGCCAAAAAUCUGUAAAUAUUUGCAUCCCACGACACUGAAAUUAGAGAAAAAAAACACCCAAAAACAAAGUUCAAAAAAUUGAAGUUUACUUUGUAGAAUAGAGGGAUAUGGUGGAAUGAAGAAUAGGGUGUUGAGGAAAGAAGGUGAAAGUGGGAAAUGGCGAGGAUAGAGUGGGGGAAUCAAGCAAGAGGGAAAUGGGGUUGUUCUUAUAAGAAAGUUACACUAAUUGUUUGCUCAAUUAACAUUGUCAUUGCACUUUAUGUUCUUCGUUGUCUUUACAGCUCUGUUUAUAUCUACUCCAGUGACAAUACUUCAUCACAGGAUAACGUUAAGUACACCCCGUAUCAAUUAAGAAACAUGGAGGAGUCGAUUCGAAUUAGGAAAGCAUCGGAGCCUAUUGAGCUUGUCAAAGUGGUUAAGAGAUUUACAACGGCGUUAACUGAACAAAAAAGGAUGGAGAAGUUACCCCAACAUUUAAAGAAGAUAAUUAGAGAUGAGAUCUUGCAACUUCUCAAAACCCUACCUGCUAAAGCAAACACGACUGAUCAAAGAGAAGCUGUUGAAAACUGGCGGGAAGUUAAACUACACGAAGCAAAACUAUUGAUCAUUGGUGAAAAGAAUGUUACUUUGAUGAUUUCACCUGAUGAUGCUGCACUGCUAGUUGAGGCCAUGGAAUCAAACUGGUCUUUAUUUAUGAAAGUAAUUGGGCUGUGGAUACCCCCUGCAAUCAUCCACAAGGAGCAUGACGAUAAGCCUCCCGGCAUAGAUGAGUUCGAAGAACAGCCUUUAGCUGGAAGGCCCGUUCCUCCUGAGUGUCAUGCUGAACUUCAUACAGAUUACGAUGGUGUUGCUGUUAGAUGGGGUCUAACCCACCAUAAAGAUAGUGCAGCUGACUGUUGCCAGGCUUGCUUCGAUCAGGCAAGACGUGCCAAGCCUGGUGAAAUGAAAUGCAAUGUAUGGGUUUAUUGCCCAUCUGAGGCAGGUUGUUAUUCUCCAGACAUUUAUGAACACAAGCAUCAGGAGUGCUGGCUGAAAUAUUCGGAAAAGCCCAAAUUGAAUUUCAAAGACAAGUAUUCUGAUUCUUAUAGAAGCUCUCACCCAGAAGCACCGCUGCUUGUUCCAUGGGUUUCUGGGGCGGUGAGUGCAUGAAUGGGAAUUUGUUUCAGCGAAGUAUGUGCAACCAAUUGGAGCUGGCCGAGCAGUUCAAAUUCUUGAGUGAAUUUGUCAAAAUAGAAAAUCUGAUGCUCUUUGCUGAAUUUGUUUGCAUCGCCGUCUUUGGUUCAGUGAAGGCUUUCGAAAAGCAUUGUCCGGGCUUCUCCGGUUUGUGAGUCCAUUUUUGUUAACACGUGGCUUGGUGGUUUACUGGUGCUGGUUCUCUAAAUUUGAAUCAUGGCACCCAUUUAGGGGGUUGUUACACCUUUAUUUGAACAGUUCAUUGUAAAAACAUUUUAAAGAUGAUAUUUUGUUGAUUUAUAGAGAAUAUAUGUAUACCUCUGUCUUUUUAGAUUCUUUGUUAAUCAGCCAAUACAUCAUUUUAUGAUC